AUGACCGGGAUGGUGGUGCGUGGGGAUGCGAGAGGCGUGGUACCGCUGCUAGCGUUGCUGCUGCUGCUGCUGCCGCACACGCCGGCCGCCCAGGACAGCUACGAGACGCUGGAGAAUGCGCCGUCCAAGGCGGACAUUGCCGAGAAAGUCCGCGAGCUCUUCGAGGAGUUCUUUGCGUGGAGAUUGGAGGAUAAUCCGGAGUUCGCCACACAGCUGGGGAACCAUACGUACGAUGCCAACUUGACGUCGUACGCCAUGUCCUCGUACGACCUGCGGUGGAACCGCUGCAAGGAGUUCCUGGAGGAGCUGGAGGUGACCGAGGCGCUGACGGAGAGCUUCACCGACAAGAUCAACAUGGAGAUCCUCCGGGAGAGCGUGGCCACCUAUAUUCGCGGCUUCAACCACAUGGGGUUCCUGUUUCCCAUCUCGUACCUGGACGGAGUGGGCACCGGCCUCUCGCUGCUCGUCGGCUACAUGAAGUUCAACAACGAGGCCGACUACCGCACCCUGCUCCUGAGGCUGCAGGAGUUCCCGCGGCAGGCGGCGGAGCUGGAGGAGCUGAUGCGGGAAGGCAUCAGCCAGGAGAGGACGCUCCACAACGUAUCCAUGAGCUCAGUGCCGGAGCAAUUUCGGGCGCUGGACGUACCCGUGGAGGAGUCCACCUUCUACGAGCCGUUCCUGAACAUGCCGGACUCCAUCAGCGCUGAUGUUCAGCAAGAGCUGCGGCAGGAGGCCAAGAGGGUGAUCAUGGAGGACGUCAUACAGACCUACAAGAACCUUGCCGACUUCAUCGAGACCGAGUACCUACCGAACACGCGGCCGGCCAUAGCAGCGACAUCUCUGCCCAACGGCGAGAACUACUACCGGGAAUGUCUCCGGUUCCACACCUCGUCGGAACUCACGGCUGAUCACAUCCACGAGAUCGGGCUGGAGGAAGUGAAAAGGAUUGAGGGUGACAUGAAAAAGGUCGUCGACGAGCUGGGCUUCGGGGACAUGACGGUGCAGGAGUUCUCCGAGAAGCUGCGCACCGACAAGAGCAACUACUACGAGUCAUCCGAGGAGCUCAUCGCCGGCUUCACCAAGAUCAUCCGGGACAAGAUCCGACCCAAGAUGAUGAAGGUCGUGCUCGAGAUGCCCAAGACGGACAUCAUAGUGGACGUACUGCCGGACAAUCAGAAGGACGGCAUUUCGGCCUCCUACAACAUCCCCGCCUUCGAUGGCUCCCGUCCCGGCAAGUUCAAGAUCAACAAGUACAUCUUCGACGAACAGCCCAAGUACGAGAUGACGGCCCUGUCGGCCCACGAGGCCAACCCGGGACACCACUACUACUUCUCCUACCUGGUGGAGAAGAAAGGACUGCCGGACUUCCGUCGGGCCGGUAACGACGGGCCGGCCUACUCGGAGGCGCCGUCCGGCUUUCCGCUGAACGCCGCCAUCGUCGAGGGCUGGGCGCUCUACUCAGAGUACCUCGGCCACGAAAUGGGGCUUUACGAGGACCCUUACGACAGGUACGGCCGGUACAGCCAGGAGAUUUUCCGUGCGUGCCGCCUAGUGGUAGACACCGGAAUUCACGCCUUCAACUGGACCCAAGAGAUGGCGGUAGAGUACAUGCUGAAUCACACCGCAUCGUCGCGGGUGCAAAUUGAGAACGAGGUGCGCCGCUACAUCACGUGGCCGGGUCAGGCGACCGGCUACAAGAUCGGCGAGCUGCGGCUGAAGGAGCUGCGCGCCAGCGCUGAGCGCGAGCUCGGGGAUCGCUUCGACCGGCGCGUGUUCCACAAGGUGGUGCUGGACUGCGCCGGCCCUCUGGCCGUCAUCGACCAGUGCGUGCAGCGCUACAUCGCCGCCGACGGCGUGUGGGACGCCUGGGGCGAGCGGACCGAGCCCGACGCGCCGACGGCGGGAGCGGGUCGUGAGGUGACCCGAGCAGGGGCGGGUGAUGUGACGGCAGAUGUUGUCGGCGGGACAGACGCAGCUUCUGCUGCCGCCUGA